AUGGAGAACGAGCAACUGCUCACGAGCCCUCGCCGGUCCGUCCGCUUGGCCAAGCGCACCACCACCGGCAGCAGCAGCAGCCGUAGCUCCAGCAAGCAUCGCGCGGAGGAGGAGGAGGAGCCACGAAAGAAAGCGGCAGCAACUGCCACGUCGGAGGGCAGUAGCAGUGGCGGCGGCACGCGGGGAGAGAAGGAGGAAAGAAAGAAGGCCCGCCCACGCGCGAGCCCACCCGACGAAGAGGAGCCCGCCCACACAGAAGAAGAAGAAGGGGCGGCGCUGGUGAUCAAUGAGCACCACCGGCCAGCCCUCGCAGUAGUACCAUCACCACCACCACCACCACCUGAUGGUGGCGCCGCCGAUGCUGGUGAUGAAGACGUGGAGGAGCACGAGAGAACCGGGGCGCACAGCAGCCGCCCUCCCGACAACCACGCGGAUGACAAAGACAGCGGCGGCGGCGGUGACGAUGAAGAUGAUGGCAACGACGACCCGGAUGAGGAAGAGAGGGAGGAACUGCGGAAGCUGCGGGUUGUGGAUCUGCGGGCACAGCUCAAGGCCCUCGGACUGCGCACUGCGGGACGCAAGGAGCAGCUCGUGGUCGCUCUCCAGCAGGCGCGCCGACUCCAGCACCUGAAGCCGCCUCACGACGACGACAACGACGACGACGACGCGGGCCAUGGAAGCCAGGCGGACGACAUCGACCAGGUGGAUGAGGGCGACAAGGAGCACCCUACUGCUACCACCACCACCACGACUACUACCACUGCUACUACUGCUGCUACCAAUACUGCGGACGACGGCUCGCUCUCCUCCGGCACGAACGGGGAGCACGACGCGCCCGCAGCGGCGGUGGUGGAGGGUCGCGAGGAGCGCUCGGCCGAUGCGCCGGAGGCGGCGGCGGCAACUGCUGCGGACGCUGGCAACCGAGCCCUCGUCGGCUCCCCGCUCCAGCUCCGCCACGACGGCAACGGGGCCGGCGAUCAAGAGCACGACGGCGGCGCAGACACCCUCCUCCUCCUCCGUGAGGAUUCUGCCGCCACCGCCCAUCCGCAGCCGCGACCGGGGCGCGGGCGCGACGGAGAAGCUACGAGUGAGCUUCCGCCGGCAGCGGAGAAACGCGCACACGGGCCGGGCCGGGAAGACAGCCUCCCGCUCGUGCUGGCCGCGUCGCUGCUGGUGGCCCUCGUCGCAGUGCUCCUGCUCCUGCUGCCGCCGGCACGGACCGGAGACGAGGGCAUGGGCGCGGCCGCGUUGGUGCUGGUGGCCGCGGUCGUCGGGGUCGGGGUGGGCGCCAGCGUGGUGGGCCGCGCGCUGGUGAGCUGGGGCGGCGCUGUCCUCCGGCGGAGGCGCUCCGCGCGGCAGCUGGGGGCCGCCAUCGGGCGGCUGCAGGCCAACCGGCGCACGCUGCACUCGUUCCUGGGUCGGCUGGCCGACGAGAAGGCGCUCGUCAAGCUCCAGCUGGAGGACCUCUACAACCACCCGCUCGCCGUCGCCGUCUCCACAUCGUCGGGCACCGCGCAGGAGAGGGCGGGGACCAUGAAGCGGCUGUCCACCAAGCUCGCGCGCCUCUCCGCGCUCCGCGAACAGAAGCAGGCCGCCCUGCGCGACAUCGACCACCAGUCGCUCCGUGACAGUCAGCACUGA